UUCGGUUAGGAAGAAUUUGCCCUUAACAGAGAAAGUAGGAGGGCUGUGAAGUGGAUUGAAGUGUACUGGCAGAACAAGAGGUUGGAGGGGGCUUGGUCUGAGAGGAGUUCAGAGUGUUGAAGCAAGAUCGAUCGGAGUGUGCAAACAGUUGUAGGAGCUUUAGAUCUUGCUGGACUUGAAUUGUGAGAAAACCAAAGCAAAGCCGCAGCUGGUCGUGGACUACAAAGAGCAUAUUGUGAGUGUGGCAGGAGAGGAUUUGGAAGUCCGCGGUUGUGGGUGUAGAAGGAUGGAUGAAGAAUCAAAGCAGGUUGGAGGAGUCUUCACCCAGCUUUGAAUCAUGUGAAUCCAACGUUUGGAGGAGCAAAGCACUGCUGAUCGGACAUGUAUUGUAGUUGCUUGAUAUUGGGUUGAAGUGUUGGCUUAGGAAGAGAAAGCACGUGAAGGCUGGUUCUUCUCCAACUUGUUUGUGGUGUGGUUCACGUGGGUGUGAGGCUCGGCUCCUUCAGGUUGGGUUGAAGAAUCUUGCCGAGAUCUGGAGUUCGCCAAUCACAGGGAAUCCGAAGGUGAGAUCGGAAAGCUAUAGGUGUGGAGAAGUUGGCUUAAGGUGGGAUGACGGAUUACGGGCCGGCUCUUGAAGAAGAUUCAAUCUAGGUUGUUUGACCGUGUGGGAGUUUCAAAGAGAGGAGUCGUGUGAUGUAGAAAUCAACGACUGGAAUAAGAGGCUUCAGAAGAGCAGAUGAAAGCUGAAGGUGAGCGCCAACCAAAACGAGCUAGAGAAGUCUGCUUUUCUUCAUUUUAACGACACCCUAAGACAUUCGUUCGAGGUCAGAUGUGAGAUUUUAUGCCACAUGACGGAGGUUCAGCGAAAAAUCAGGGAUUUAGCAGAGAUUUUCGGCACAAACGAGUUUAUUUAAUGCUGAUGAGGAGAUUUGAGCAAGAGUUGGGGAAGACAGACGAGAAGAUGGAGUGGGAGAGCUCCGAUUCUCACAGUGUUUUGCGUCGUCACCUUCUUGAGUUUCUCAUCGACUCUGCCCAGCAACUCCUUGUUCGUCCAAUCGUCAAAUACACCGCGCUUUCCUUCUUUGCCGAUCGCUUCUUCCCUUCUGUCUCUCGCUCCAGGAAACACAAUUUGUUCGACGUGGCCAAAUGUGAAAGGAACUUCUGGCUUCUGAAUCCUUUGACGGAGAGCAACUUGCAGCUCUUCGCUCUAGUUUCAAUUUGGGUUUCCAGCAAAUUGCAUGAAACUCGGCCCCUUUCAGUAAAGAGCUUAAAGAGCUUGGGGGAUAUGCUCAUCAGUGAUCAGUGUUUCACGACUCGGGAUUUUGCCAUGGCCGAGAGGCUCUUUUUGGAGAUGACGCAAUUUGACAUUGGUGCAUCUCAAGUUGCUUUUAUUUUCCUCGAAGAGCUUCUCAUGCAAUUCAGGGAGUUAUCAAAAGUAGGGAGCCUUGUAAGCCUUGAAGUUUGCAUGGAGAUCAUGGAUCUUCUUUAUGAAAAAGAACAGACUUCAAUGCUUUUCAGCUCUCCCCAUGCUCUUGCUGCAUCAAUUCUUGUAGCAGCGUACUUUUUCACGGUGCCUAAGCAGCAAUGGGAGUUCCCUCUUCUUCCAUGGGUGAAGUUUGCCACCUCCUAUGAAGAAGCAGAUAUUGGAGCGCUGGUUCAUUAUAUUCUAAUGCAUGUACUAGCAGCUGAGCCAACAGAUUCAACUUUAUUCUGAACAUUCUCUUUUACUGUCCUCCAUCGAAGUGCAGCAGGUUUACAUUUUCAACACUCCAUUGUUCGUGUUCGCGAGUUUUCCACGAGUUUUCCAUGGUUGGCCGCUCAUAGCUUACACUUCAUCACCCCUAGCUCUCUCUUUAGUCGCAAGCUUGCCAGUUGAUUUAAGCAAGCAUGUUAAAGUUGGAAGUUGAAAGCUUCAUCUUCGGCACACAAAAUAGGAAAAAUCAGUUUUUUUUUUUCAAAUGAAAUUUACAGUGUUGUGAUGGCAUCUUCUGCUACUUCUAUGAGUAUUGAGUAAGAAAUUGCAACUGAUACAUAGUUUAGGCCGUUUGGCUGCAUUUGUAUCCUGCAAAUUCUGUAAAAGACUGUUUCUAUUUUAUUUUCUGAAAUGAAGUUUAUGCUAAGAAA